CUUUUUAUAAAUGCUUAUCAUUUGAAGCACGCUGACGAUCUGAGUAUGUGCCAUAUCUAUGAAUUUCAUUUCAUCCAAACGGCAGUAAGCACAGAGCGUUCGCUGGAGAAACAUCUGUCUCUGUUCAACUUUGUUUUUUAAAGCAGUGUGUAUUUUUUCCUUUUCACAUAGAUUGCUAUUUCACCGUUAGUUGAACAAAAUCAUCUGUUAUUACGAUUACAGUCGUAAGCAUGGGUAAUUCCGAAGAAGUAACAGCUGGAGAGGUGAAUGAAGGAUACGUGCCGACGGAAGAAAAAGUUAAAGAAGAUGAGCCUCCACCGUAUUCAUCAGACGAGAAACAAAAUGAAACAUCUGUGCCGGUCGACGUCGAAACGAGAAAUUAUAACCCAAAUUUCCAGAAUGAGAACGAUGGAAUGCGAAACAUUGGUUCAAUGUCGGCAUUUGAAAUCAAUCAGGAAAAAAUGCGGAUUUGGAAGAAUGUCGCUGUAAUCAGCGUGUCCUUUAUGUGCCUCUUUACAGCAUUUAAUUCAGUGGGCAACCUUCAGAGUUCCAUCAACGCGGACGCAGGUUUGGGUACUACAGCCUCGGCCACCAUUUACGUCGCUUUGAUUGUGUCCUGUAUGUUUGUCCCUACUUGGUUAAUCAAGACGAUCAAGUGCAAGUGGACCAUGGUCUUCUGUCAACUGUGUUACUCAGUUUACAUCAUCGCCCAAUUUUGGCCAUCUUUCGCAACGCUCAUUCCUGCCGCCAUUAUCCUUGGAAUUGGAGCCGCACCUAUGUGGUCGGCGAAAUGCACUUACCUAACCCAGGUCGGAAAUCGGUAUGCGGCCUUAAUUGGAGACAAAUCAGCUGAGCCCAGUAUAACCCGGUUCUUCGGUUUCUUUUUUAUGGUCUUUCAGACGUCACAAAUUUGGGGAAAUCUUAUCAGCUCACUUGUGUUGUCAAUGGACAAAGCCAACGAGACGAUCGUAGAUGAUGAACUUUUGGAAUACUGUGGCGCAAAUUUUUGCAAUAGCCGAAAUCUUACCAACAUAACAGGAGACGGAAGCGUUGCUUCACCCUUGGCGCGACCUGAUGAAGAUAAAAUUCAAAUGUUGACGGGCAUCCUUCUCGGUUUCGCUUUACUUGCUUCAUUAAUUAUGGCUCUUUUGGUUGACCCUCUUUCCAGGUAUGGUGAAGAAGCGCGCCAAGGAAGUAGUACUGGAAAAACUGGAGUCGAAUUGCUACUCGCCACCUUUCAACAUAUGAAAAAUCCGUACCAAUUACUCAUUAUUCCAUUGACUCUUUGGUCAGGUUUCGAGCAAGCAUUCCUUACAGCUGAUUUCACCGCGGCGUACAUUUCGUGCUCAUGGGGAGUGCAGCAUGUCGGAUUCGUACUGAUCUGUUACGGUGCGGCUGACGCUGUCGGAUCCAUCACUUGCGGCUGGGUAGUCAAGCUAGUGGGGCGAAUACCGAUCUUCAUUUUUGGUGCACUGCUCAAUGCAGGAUUGAUCAUAGCCCUCUUUUUGUGGCCACCAAAUCCUGCUAACUCUGCAGUCUUUUUCGUCAUCGCAGCCUUUUGGGGUCUGGCGGAUUCCAUCUGGCAAACACAAAUCAACUCGUUCUACGGCGUCAUCUUUGCUGGAUCAGAAGAAGCAGCGUUUAGCAACUAUCGACUUUGGGAGAGUUUGGGCUUCGCAAUCGCAUUCGCGUACAGCUAUGCGUUGUGUGCUAACGCCAAACUUUGGGUACUUGUUGGAAUCCUCAUAGCCGGAAUGACUGGCUACUUUACAAUUGAAAUGAUAGAGAGCAAAAAGUUCAAAAAGACAAGAAAAGAAUAACCCCAAGCACAAAAAAGUUGCAAUCCUUAUGAACAUCAAUUCUACAGAAACUGGAUGAUAUGCUAUAGAAAUGUCAUGUAUUAUGUAAAUUAUCUUAAGGUGUGACAAACCAGGUAGAAUUGUAAAAAUCUACUUUUUUCUGAAAAAAUAAGAAAUAUAUAUGUAAAUGUACAUUCAUGGGCUAGUUGGCAACAUGACUUUGUUUCUUAAAAUGACUACUUUUUCCUACCUGUUGUAAGACAGCAUAAUGCCAUGUUUUUGCAUACAAUAAAAUAUAUCAUACUUA